GCUUCUUCAUAAAAUGCGCAUUCAUAUAACUUAUUGGCUGCAAAAGUACCCACAAGGCCACAACACACACUCAGCAGCUGAAAAAUGAUGCUGAGAACCCUUUCACCAUCAAAGUUCAAGCACUUGAUUCCUCUUAUUAACUCAUCUUAUUAUACUUACACUAAACCUGCAUCUAAUAUUCUGCUUCAACCCCAAUCAAUCCCCUUUUUGUUAAACCCUGCUAAAACCCUAAUCCCAUCAUUCUCUACUUUUCUUAAGCCCUUUUCUUCACAGCCCAAUUUCAGAGAUGGCAAUUAUGACGAGUCUAGAUCUUUGUCUGUGCAUAUUUGCCCUGGUUGUGGUGUUCAAAUGCAAGAUUUGGACUGUAAAAAGCCUGGGUUUUUUGUUAAACCCUCGGUGAAAGGGGCUAAUUAUAAGACCCUUAUUGAUAGAAACCCAGUUGCUGAAGAGUUGGAGAUUUCUGGGUCUGUUAAGAAGGGGUUUCUUGAAAUAGAAAAUGAUGAGACCCCGGAAAAAAAUGAAGUUAAAAUGGCUAAGAAGCCGGUGGUUUGUUCGAGGUGUCAUUCGUUGAGGUUUUACGGGAAGGUGAAGGAUUCGAGUGUGGAGAAUUUGUUGCCUGAUUUUGAUUUUGAUCAUACUGUUGGGAGGAGGUUGAGUUCGGCUUCGGGGCCGCGGAGUGUGGUUUUGAUGGUGGUGGAUGCGGUGGAUUUUGAUGGGUCAUUUCCGAGGACUGUGGCGAAGUUGGUUUCGAAUACGAUUGAGGAGAAUUAUAGGGCUUGGAAAGAAGGGAAGGCGGGGAAUGUGCCUAGAGUUUUGUUGGUUGUGACUAAGAUUGAUUUGUUGCCGACUUCAGUGUCGCCUACAGGGUUGGAGCAUUGGGUUAGGUCGAGGGCGAGAGAAGGUGGAGCGAGUAAGUUAGCUGGUGUGCAUUUAGUUAGUGCAAAGAGGAAUUGGGGUUUGAAGAAUCUUGUUGAUGAUGUGGUGGGGUUGGCAGGCUCAAGAGGUCAUGUGUGGGCAGUAGGGGCGCAAAAUGCUGGGAAAUCAACGUUGAUUAAUGCAAUUGGGAAGUGUGUUGGAGGAAAUGUAACUCAUUUAACUGAAGCUCCCGUUCCUGGAACUACAUUGGGGAUUUUAAGGGUUGAAGGUGUUUUGCCGCGUCAAGCUAGAUUGUUUGAUACACCGGGGCUUCUACACCCACAUCAGAUUACAACAAGGUUGACCAAGGAGGAACAAAAGUUAGUUCACAUUAGCAAGGAGUUGAAACCAAGGACAUAUAGAAUUAAGGCAGGUUACUCUAUUCAUAUUGCUGGUCUUAUGAGGUUAGACCUCGAAGAAACCCCACUGGAUUCUAUUUAUGUUACUGUUUGGGCAUCCCCUUAUCUUCCAUUGCACAUGGGAAAAACAGAGAAUGUACUUGCAAUGCUGGAAGAACAUUUUGGGCACCAGUUGCAGCCACCAAAUGGGAAGUCACGAGUUGAAGAGCUGGGAAAUUGGGUGAAGAAGGAAUUUCGUGUCAGUGGCAACUCGUGGGAUUUCAGUUCUGUUGAUAUUGCAGCUGCAGGUCUUGGUUGGUUUGCAAUAAGCCUGAAAGGUGAGGCUCUGUUGAAUGUUUGGACCUAUGAAGGAGUUAAUGUUAUCAGUCGAAAUUCCUUAAUCCUUCAUAGAUCACAUGAUUUUGAAGUUGCGGGAUUUACAGUCUCACAAAUUGUAUCUGAUGCUGAUCGAGCUUUAAAUAAGUCGAGCAAGACUCUAAAGAGUAAGAAAGCGGGCAACUUGACAGUGGCUACUGCUACUGUAACAGCACAAUGACAAUUGUCAAUAAACAUUCUAGGGGAGAAAAGAGAGGGAGGGCCAAGAGUUGAGGUACUGCAGUUGACUUAAACUUAUUCCUAGAUCAGCAAGUUGCCUUUUUGUGCUAGUAAACCAAAAAAAGCUUAGACGCGCGAGAGAUUGAUAAUAGUUGGAGCAACAUGAAUUACCCCCUCCAUAGCAGCCUACAUACCCGGGCAAAAAAUAGAAGGUAGGAGUCUUCUAUUAACAUUUUUGAUGCAGAAAAGUUUUUUUUAUAGUAUCAUCCUUGUUACAUAUUCACAAUGCAGAGAAUUAGUGGGAACUUCUUGCUAUGCAGAAGAAUAGAGUUGUAGUGUUACUUUGUAAAAUAGAUGAUUACGUCAUUUGAUUUUAUCUGGGACUCUGACUUGAUUUUUGGAGUUUA